AUGAAUCAUUUCAGUUUCGUAUUUCGUCACUUGAGACGGAAAUCAUUAAAUCGAUUGACAUUUUUUCAAAAUAUGGAAAAAUCAUUUUCCGUUAAAGUUGAAAAAAGCAAUAUUGAAGAAAAAUUAGAAAACAUAAAACAUGGACCUGGAUUAAAAGAAUUUUUAAUAGUUGGUAAAAAUUUUCCAGUUGUUAAUACAAACAAUCAACUAAAAGAUAAUUCGAUACCAUAUAUUGAUCCACAAGAAUAUUCUGGUAAAGGAAGAAAAGUGUAUUUUGAAGUUUAUGGUUGCCAAAUGAAUGUCAAUGAUACUGAAAUUAUAUGGUCCAUUUUAAAUAAAAAUGAUUAUGAAAAAUGUAAUGAUGUUAAAAUAGCUGACGUCAUAUUAAUUGUAACCUGUUCCAUAAGAGAAGGCGCUGAGAAAAAGAUUUGGAAUCGUUUAAAGCAUUUACAAGCCAUAAAAAACAAUCGCUCUGUAAAGAAAGGUCCAUUACAAAUUGGCAUACUUGGUUGUAUGGCUGAACGAUUAAAAACAGAAGUUCUUGAAAAAGAAAAAUGGGUGGAUAUUGUAGCAGGACCUGAUAGUUAUAAAGAUUUGCCUAGACUAUUGGCUGUUACAAAAAAUGGACAGUCUGCUGUAAAUGUUCUAUUAUCACUAGAUGAAACUUACGCUGAUAUUAUGCCUGUUCGUUUAAAUAAGGAUUCAGUUACAGCGUAUGUUUCAAUAAUGAGAGGUUGUGAUAAUAUGUGUUCAUAUUGUAUAGUACCAUUUACUAGAGGAAGAGAGAGAUCUAGACCAUUAUCAUCAAUUGAAGAUGAAGUAAAACAUUUAGCUAAAAAUGGAUGUCGAGAAAUCACCCUUCUAGGUCAAAACGUAAAUAGUUAUAGAUUCAUGUCAAAUGAAGUCAAAGUAAAUAAAGAUGAAAAAACUAAAUUAGCUGAAGGAUUUAAAACAGUAUAUAAGCCGAAAAUUGGGGGAAUUCGUUUUGCAGAGUUAUUAGAAUGUGUCGCUGAAACUGUUCCUGAAGUUCGAAUACGAUUUACAUCACCACAUCCCAAAGAUUUUCCUGAUGAUGUUUUGUAUGCUAUUAAAAAAUAUCCAAAUAUAUGUAAAAGUAUUCACUUACCAGCACAGUCUGGUAAUACAGCAGUUUUAGAUCGAAUGCGAAGAGGUUAUAGUAGAGAAUCCUAUAUACAAUUAGUUCAUCAUAUAAGAGAUUUAAUACCCGAAAUUUCUUUAUCAAGUGAUUUUAUAUGUGGUUUUUGUGGAGAAACUAAUGAAGAAUUUUCUGAUACUUUAACUUUAAUAGAACAAAUUAAAUAUAAUAUUGCAUAUUUAUUUGCGUAUAGUAUGCGAGAAAAAACUACUGCUCAUCGUCGUUAUAAAGAUGAUGUUCCACAAAAUAUAAAAAUUGAUAGAUUACAAGAAAUGGUUAAAGUUUUUCGAAAAGGUGCUGAAGAAUUACAAUCGAAAUUUGUAAAUAAACAAGAAUUAAUAUUAAUUGAAGGUAAAAGUAAACGUUCUGAGGAAUUUUAUUAUGGAAGAAAUGAUGCAAAUAUUAAAGUUAUUGUACCAAAUAUUAAUUUACCAGAUCAAAACAAUUACAGAAUAGAUGAAAAUUCGAAUGAAGAAAAUAAAAAAAAAGUUUUGCCUGGUGAUUUUAUUGCAGUUAAAAUAAUUGAUUCUAAUUCACAAGUUUUAAAAGGGGAACCAUUGUAUAAAACGACAUUACAAAAAUAUUAUGAAAAUUAUCAAAAUUUAUAGUUUGUUGUAUUUAAUUAAUAAUGUUGUAGAAUAAUAAAUAUGAAAUAAAAUAAUUA